AUGACACAUUUAGAAAGAAGUAGACAUCAACAACAUCCAUUUCAUAUGGUUAUGCCAUCACCAUGACCAAUUGUAGUAUCAUUUGCAUUAUUAUCAUUAGCAUUAUCACUAGCAUUAACAAUGCAUGGUUAUAUUGGUAAUAUAAAUAUGGUAUAUUUAGCAUUAUUUGUAUUAUUAACAAGUUCUAUUUUAUGAUUUAGAGAUAUUGUAUCAGAAGCUACAUAUUUAGGUGAUCAUACUAUAGCAGUAAGAAAAGGUAUUAAUUUAGGUUUCUUAAUGUUUGUAUUAUCUGAAGUAUUAAUCUUUGCUGGUUUAUUUUGAGCUUAUUUUCAUUCAGCUAUAAGUCCUGAUGUACUAUUAGGUGCAUGUUGACCACCUGUAGGUAUUGAAGCUGUACAACCAACUGAAUUACCUUUAUUAAAUACUAUUAUCUUAUUAUCUUCUGGUGCUACUGUAACUUAUAGUCAUCAUGCUUUAAUUGCAGGUAAUAGAAAUAAAGCUUUAUCAGGUUUAUUAAUUACAUUCUGAUUAAUUGUUAUUUUUGUAACAUGUCAAUAUAUUGAAUAUACUAAUGCUGCAUUUACUAUUUCUGAUGGUGUUUAUGGUUCAGUAUUCUAUGCUGGUACAGGAUUACAUUUCUUACAUAUGGUAAUGUUAGCAGCUAUGUUAGGUGUUAAUUAUUGAAGAAUGAGAAAUUAUCAUUUAACAGCUGGACAUCAUGUUGGAUAUGAAACAACUAUUAUUUAUCUACAUGUUUUAGAUGUUAUCUGAUUAUUUUUAUACGUUGUAUAUUAUUGAUGAGGUGUUUAA